ACCUGUGCUGCCAACAACCUCAAGCAGUGUCUUCACUUGUAUUUCUCUCCCUAAACAGUGAUCAAUUUUGGUGCAAUAACUUCAUAAAUAUCGCAGAUUUAUAGACAAGACGACACACAAAUAUGGCGUUGCCAUUCCUACCAGGGAAUUCAUUUAAUCAAAGGCUUGGAAAGAACAAAUUUCACAAGUCCCACCACUUCGAUAUGAACAAUGAAGUUGCCAUGCUUGUUGGCGGAGAAACGAAGCCAGGAAUUGGAGGUGACCCACUCCGAGGGCAGAGACUGAAACCAGUGAAUAGUACCUAUCCCUGCGGUGCCGGAAGCAAAUUGCCAGCCUGGGUAGCAUUCGACAGACAAGUGCUAUGUUUUGAUGCUUAUUUCCAAGAGGCUGUCGAUGAAAAGAGAGAGGAACAGUUCCGCAUCCGAAAUUGCAAAAUCUACUUUUAUCUAGAAGAUGAUUCCAUUCAAGUUAUUGAGCCUAGGAUAAAGAAUGCUGGUAUACCGCAAGGUACACUAAUCCGACGACACAGAAUCCCACGCUCACCUCCAAAUGACGAAGAGUUUUACAACGUGGAGGAUUUCAACAUUGGCAAGGAGAUCUGCCUGUACUCACGUGUCUUCAAGCUGACUGGCUGUGAUGAAUUCACACAGAACUUCUUGUGCAAGCUCGGAGUCCGAGUCAACCAGCCCGAUGGAGCACCUGUUGAUCCUUACAUGGGAUACAGAAAAGCUAUGGAUGAAAGCAUGCAGCCCCUCCGCCCUUAUGAGAAACAUGACACACUCAAACAAUUCCUUGACCAUGACCGCCAUGUCUUGCGCUUCUACUGCUUCUGGGAUGACUCUGACAACAUGUUCGGUGACCCAAGGGAAAUGGUCCUCCAUUAUUUCCUCGCAGACGACACCAUCGAGAUUAGGGAAUGCAUCCCAGCAAACUCUGGCCGCGAUGCUGCACCGAUGUUCUUGAGGAGACAGAGGCUACCCAAAGACAUUGUGCCGUUGAAUCAGCCGGGCGUGGCCACGGACAGAACCGUCCUGAAUGUGUUUGGUCCCACUGGUCAUGGGGGACGAUAUAUCUUGGAUUCCCUGAAGACUGGAGCCGUCCAUCAUGAAUACUACACUGACAGUGACUUAACUAUUGGUUCUUGUCUCAAUGUCUGGGGAAGAAAGUUCAUUCUCUGUGAUUGUGACACUUUCACGCAAGAAUACUACAAGACGAAAUAUGGAAUCGAGGACUUCACACCUGUCAGGUACAAAUCCCAGGAUAGCUCAGCCAAGUCCCAGCAGUGGCCGCCCUACAAUGGCUUCGGAAGUGAGGAGGAUUCUCUCUGCUCUUGCAUGGGCCUGAUCCCCAAGCCACCAAGGCGCGACUUCAUCAAAUUCAUGGAGAAAGAUCGUCACGGCCUGGACAGCAACGUCUUGCGUUACCUUGCCAAGAUGGAGACGACGAAACCAAUUGAUGCAGAUCGACGAUUCAUCAUUUCGUAUUUCUUGUCUGAUGACACGAUAUUAGUAUUUGAACCUCCAGUGAGGAAUUCCGGAAUCAUCGGAGGUAAAUUCUUAGAGCGUGGCCGCGUCAAGAAACCGAUGCAACAGCGUUACAGUACCGACCUUUCCGAGUACUACUCCGCCUCCGACUUGUUUGUUGGUGCCGGAGUCGACUUCAACUGCCAUCGUUUCAAUAUCAUAGAUGCAGACGAGUAUGCCUUUAGGUAUAUGGAGAAAUGUGCUGGUGAGUACCCCAAGGCCAACAUCCAGGUCAUCCUGCAGACCCUGGCUGCCCUCGCAAACCAGAAGAAAGACGAAGUCAAAUCAUUCUUCAUGCGGAACGACCCCAACGGCAGUGGCAUCCUCAUGUACGAGCAGUUCCACAACCUAAUCAAGCAGCUGGCCCCACAGUUGACGGAGCACGAGAUCAUGACCAUCGCCCGUUACUAUGGCGACGAUGCGGAGCAGAAUGCACAGAUUGAUAUCAAGACACUCAUCUCAAUCGUCCAAGAGCAGCUGAGGAAGAAUAACUUCGAGGGUUUCGUCAAGUUGAGCGAGAAUUUCCAACAUAUGGAUAAUAGCAGAUGUGGCGUGCUGGAUGCUGACACCGUAAGGAAAGUGUGCCAUGCCCUCCAUGUGCCGAUCGCUGAUGAUAUGCUGAGAGCACUUCUCGUCAAGAUGGUCUCAAAUGACCAAGGUCACAUCGACUAUGAAAGCUUCAUCAAGAACCUGAACUGGAGGGAUUGCCCUGUUGCCCCGAUGAGUGCGCAGGGUGUCCGAUUCGAUGAAGGCUGGGCUGGCAACCAAGCUAAGGACCAGAUUACUCAAGUGCGAUAUCAAGUUCUCCUGGACGACAUCUUGGGUGGAUCCGAAUAAAUCUCAUGAUUCAUCAUAAGCAAGGGACUUAAAUUUGGAUAUCCGUCUUUUCGGAAAUAUUCCGUCCAAUGAUAAACUUUAAAUUUUAUUUUUGAAAAAGUGAUGUUUGAACUGUGGAAAAUAGAUUAAAAAGACAACUCCAGAAUAUCAGGUUAUGUUAUUUUACCCCCAGCUUUUUGGACCAUUAUGAUGGAAAAUGUAGUUUGAUUUGUGAACAUCCUACGUGUCAGCUUUGCUGUGGAUUAUGGGAAGUCAUCAUUAGGCCUACACAUGCAACUCUUGGUAUUUCAGAUCUUUUGCCAACUAUUGGAAUUGGAUUUCAGAAAUAUAGCUCUACCGGGGAGAAAGACUGUGAGUGUUGUUGUUUACAAAUCUGCCCUUGUUGGGUAAUUAGCUGUGAUAAAUCUGUCGUGCACUAAACAUUGAGAUUAUUAAAACACCUCAUUUCACAUUUUCUAUGAUUUAGAGUCAAUGAAAACUUAAAAUCCUUACCGCUGGGCCAAAUUCUUAUCACUGGGCCAAUCAGAGUUUUCUGACCAAUGUUGGAAGUGUCCACUCGUGGCACCCUACAGUGAUUUGUCGAAAGCUGUUGAUUUAUUUUAUGUAAAAUACUUUAUUUUCUCAAUCGUGAGUAUAAAUUCGUGUGGACACUUCUCAAUGUCAUCGGUAUUUGUUGUGUUGGCGAUCUAUUUUGUCCUUGAGAGAAGGACUGGUCAUUGUCAUGAUAGUAUAAUGUGUCCGAGAAUGGAAGAAACCAACUCUAAUAUUGUCUUUGGUAAACAUGAGGUUCAUUGCAAUAUCAAAACACAAAUCUUUGGAGAUGGAGUUACGUCACUUUGAGACAGAACUAGGCCUCUUCUGAGACGGCACUAUGGAUACGGAGUUAUGUCUCUUUGGAGACGUACUUACACCUCGUUGGAGACCUACUUAUGCCUCUUUGGAGACUAGAGUUACCCCUCUUAGGGAUUAUUGCAAUGACAUGCCUUGAACUCUUCACAAUGUCAAGACAAUGUGUAUAUACAAGUACGUUUACAAUGUAUGUUAGCUUGUUUUUAUAAUAAUAAAAUGGAAUAUGUGACUAUGUUUAAA